UUAUUUUCCAAAUUAUACUAUUACUUUAAAUUAUACUAUUUUACAAAUGACUGAAGCAGAAAAAGAAAUAAAAGAAAAAGCAUUAGAUCAGAUAUCUCUUGAAGAGCCGACAGAAGAAGAAUUAUUGACACUUCAACGAGUUUCCGAUAAAAUCCCGCUUUCUGGAUAUCUUGUUGUAGCUAUUGAGUUAUGUGAGCGUUUUAGUUAUUAUGGUUUGAUUAACCCUUUUCAAAAUUACAUACAGUAUAAGCCAACGGAUGUAAUACCUGGUGCUCUCGGUCUUAAACAAAGUGGAGCAACUGCAUUAAAUAGCUUCUUUUCGCUUUGGUCUUAUCUUACUCCAAUAUUUUGUGCUAUUAUUGCGGACCAAUAUUUAGGUAGAUAUUGGACAAUAUUUUGGUUUUCUUGGGUCUAUCUUCUUGGACAGAUAAUUUUAAUUCUCACAUCAACGCCAUCUGCCAUUCGAAAUGGCAUGUCUUUAUGGGGCUUCAUAGUUUCUAUAAUUAUUAUUGGAUUGGGAACAGGCGGUAUUAAAGUAAAUGUAUCACCUUUAGUCGCAGAACAAUAUAACUCUCGAAAGCUAUUUAUAAAAACAUUAAAGAAUAACCAACGUGUAAUAGUUGAUUAUAACGUGACCCUUCAACAUAUUUUCUUAAUAUUUUAUUUAGCUAUUAACAUAGGAUCUUUUGGUGGUGUCCUAACUAUAUUUUUGGAAAAAUUUGUUGGAUUUUGGCUAGCUUAUCUUGUUCCUGCAUGUGUAUUUACAAUUGGAAUUCUUAUUUUAGUAAUGGGAAAACCUCUUUAUAUUUGUCAAAGUCCUCAAAGUUCCGCAAUAUUAAAUGCUUUUAAAGCUAUCUAUAUUGCAAUAAGAAGCGGAUUUAAAUUGGAUAAUGCAAAACCAAGUAAAACUAAUGGAAAAUAUAAAUUAUAUUGGGAUGAUACAUUUAUUGAUGAGCUUCGAGUAACAUUAGUUGCCUGUCGUAUAUUUCUAUUUUUUCCGAUUUAUUGGCUUUUUUACAAGCAAAUGGUUACAAAUUUGCUUUCUCAAGCAGGAUCUAUGGAACUGAGUAAUCUUCCUUCUGAACUUGCUCAACAAAUUAAUCCUUUAACAUUGGUUAUUAUGAUUCCUAUUUUCAAUAAUUUUAUUUAUCCUAAGCUUCGAAAAUAUGGGAUUUUAUUGCGUCCUAUUACAAGAAUUACUAUUGGCUUUUUUUGUGGAACAUUAGCAAUGGGGUAUUCUGCUAUAGUUCAGCAAAUGAUUUAUAAUAGUCCCCCUUGCUAUAAAUAUCCUGGUGACAUAACUCGUUGCAGUGCUAUUAAACAGAUAGGAGAGCCAAAUAAAAUACAUCUAGCCUAUCAAUUACCAUCAUUCGUUUUUAUAGCGAUUUCUGAAAUAUUUUCAUCAAUUACUGGUUUAGAAUAUGCCUAUACUAAAGCUUCAUUUACUAUGAAAUCAUUCGUUAUGUCUUUAUUUUUCUUAACAGUUGCAGCUGCUUCAGUAAUUCAAAUAAUAUUUUCCCCACUCUUUAGGGAUCCUUUAAUGGUUUGGGUGUAUACUUUUCUUUCUGUUGCAUCGUUUGUAGCAGGAGUCGUAUUCUGGUUUUUAUUUAAAGGAUAUAACAACUUAGAAGACGAAAUGAAUUCUUUCCAAAGAAAUAUUAGAAAUCUUAAAAGCGAAGAAUUUAAAGAGAUAGAAAAUAAACCUACCCAAGUAGCUUCAUAAUUUAAUUAGGAUAAUAUUUGAUAGGAGUUUUAAAAUAUUUUUGAAU